AUGGAGCAAUCGGUUGGUUCACUGCAGGAACAAGCAUUAAAAAGGAAAGAAAGACUCAAAGCUUUGAGAGGUCGACAACUUCAAGUGAGAGAUGGAGAGGACGGGGAGCCAGACAGGAAGAGGGACCGGGCCGAGGAGGAAGCUGAAGAGGAGCGACACAG